CCAGCGGCCUGGUCAGAAUGUACCCAUUCUUUAGGUGUCCAACCUGUCGGCAACAGCUAUGUUUACUGCAUGCAGGGAACCCUCUUGUGACUUGUAUGCCCUACCAAGUUGAACAGAUCGUCUGCUCCAAAUGCGAUGAGACCACGUGCGUCUGUGAGAAAGAUCAAAAAGAGCGCCAUGUCGACCCGGCCAAACAUCCCCGCCAGGAACUGUGCGCCAAAUGUAAGGCUGGCAUCCCAUGUACCCGCCGAUACUGA